AUGGCCAGUACUAUUCAACUCGGCCUCAGGGCUUUUCAAUUUCUUAUGAUUCUCCUGACUUUAUCUUUGAUCGGCAAUGUGAUCCAGGAGGCCUUUGCAGGAAAUUCAUCCAGCAUCAACUACGCCAUGUUCGUGUCCGUCUUUGACAUGGUUGUUAUCCUCUGGGGUCUCGGAUGCGCCUUCAGGCCAGACUUCGGAUUCGGAUUCGGAAUCGUCGCUGCUGAUGCCCUUGCUACUCUCUUCACUGUCAUCGCUGGUAUCGUCCUGGCCGCGAAGCUCGACGUGCACUCGUGCGGCAACGAUUCCUAUGUCCUCUCCAACCCAUUGACCAACGGGUCCAACAACCCCAGGAAGCGCUGCCACGAGCUGCAAGCUAGCACUGCCUUCUUUUGGUUUGCCUUUGCCGCGUUCGUCGGUUCUUUGGUCAUGAGCUUCAUGAGCGGUGGCAGCUCGUUCAAGAGCCCUCGCGGUGGAAUCCGCCAGGGCGGACCAUCAAUGUCUCAAGUCUAG